AUGGCCACGAUUUCUAAUGCUCACUCCGAGCUUAUCCAUGAUGCUGUACUGGAUUAUUAUGGUAAACGUCUAGCAACUUGUUCUUCGGACAAAACAAUCAAAAUCUUCGAAGUGGAAAACGACACUCAUAAGCUGGUGGAAACUCUUCAUGGACAUGAGGGACCAGUGUGGCAAGUGGACUGGGCACACCCCAAGUUUGGUGUGAUUCUGGCAUCGUGUUCCUACGAUGGGAAAGUGUUGAUCUGGAAAGAAGAGAAUGGACGUUGGGUUCAAACUGCAGUCCAUGCUGUGCAUUCUGCUUCUGUAAACUCUGUAAAAUGGGCUCCUCACGAAUACGGGCCCUUUUUGCUUGCAGCUUCGUCCGACGGGAAAGUGUCAGUUGUGGAAUUCAAGGAAAACGGCACUUUGGCACCUGUGGUGUUAGAUGCCCAUGCAAUUGGCGUCAACACUGCUUCGUGGGCCUCUGCGGCUCUGCAGGAUGGCUCUUCAUCUCUCCAGGAGCGUCGUUUCGUCACUGGAGGGGCCGACAACCUCGUCAAAGUCUGGAAAUACAGUCCUGAGGCAAACACGUAUUUGGUACAAGACACACUGGAAGGCCACACAGACUGGGUGAGAGACGUUGCAUGGUCGCCAUCGAUGCUGCUGCGCUCCUACUUGGCCUCUGUCUCUCAGGACCGUACUUGCAUUAUCUGGACUCAAGAAAACAACCAGGGACCAUGGAAAAAGACCCUAUUGAAAGACGACAAAUUCCCAGAUGUUCUUUGGAGGGCUAGCUGGUCGCUUUCCGGAAACAUUCUAGCCAUUUCGGGAGGCGAUAAUAAAGUCACCUUGUGGAAAGAGAACCUAGAGGGUAAAUGGGAAUCUGCCGGUGAGGUAGAGCAGUGA